UUUAUAACAUUCCUGUGCUUCUGAUACUCUUCAUGCUGGUAGCUCAGACAGCAGCUUGCCCCUGGAAGGUCACCCAAUCUCAGUAAGCCACAGGUGGCAGGAUAGACUGGCUGUCCCUUAUUUGCACUGUUGUUCGCUUUAUUUUCAUAUUUUCGUUAUAUCUCUUUUUUCUUUGAAUUAGUUUUUUUCUAUCCAGUCUUCCAGUGUGAUGGUAGUCUAAAGCUGAAAUUGGAGGCCUGCUUAUACUAUUGUUCACAACUCUCACAAAAAACAGGAUUGGAGCACCUGAAGAGAGAGAGAGAGAGAGAGAGAGAGAGAGAGAGAGAGAGAGAGAGAGAGAGAGAGAGAGAGAGAGAGAGAGACAGUGAAGGAGUGAGAGACCACAGGGAACACAGGACUUUACAAUACCAAACUUUGAAGGGAGCUUUUUUUCUUGCACAGUAAUAAUGAGUGCAGAACCUGCAAAGGAAGACUACUAUGAUUAUCCAGAUUUGUAUGAUAAUGCUGUACCCACCAAGUAUCCUGCAGAAGUUAUCCCACCAUGUGACCCAAAAGCUGACGAAAGUCUCUUCCACAUAUGCAUCACAGUCAUAUCCUUUGUGGUCAUGCUGAUCCUCUUGGUGUUGGCAAGACGGCAGAAAGUUGUAGACAGUCUAAAAGGAGUUCCAGCUUUACUCAGCCCUGUGAAUUUUUUAGACCAUACACAGCACAAAGCCUUGUCUGUAGCUGUGUUUGGAGUCCUCUUCUGCAGGCUUGUUGGACUGGUUCUAUCCCCCACCCCACUGCCCUUUACCAAGGACACAGAAAACAAAGAGUAUUGGCUGAUCCUUGCUCUCUUCUACUACCCUGCUUUGUACUACCCCUUGCUGGCCUGUGGCACCCUCCACAUCACGGUCGGGUAUGUGCUGGGCAGCCUGUUGUCUUGGACACAUUUUGGCAUCCUCAUCUGGCAUAAAGUCGACUGCCCCAAAACCCCACAAAUAUACAAGUACCACUCCCUGUUGAGCAGUCUGCCAGAGAUUGCCUGUUUGGCAUUUCUCAGUUUCCAGUAUCCUCUUCUCCUGUUCAAGGGCUUUAAAGGAACAGAGAAAAGUGAUCCCUUUGAGGACCUAAAGAGCAGCUACUACACACACUAUGUAAAGAACAUCCUCAAAAAGAAGAAACCAUCUCAAGCCAGUUCAAGCAGCUCUAAACCCAAGCUGGCUGAAAGAAUCACUGACGCACUCAAGUCUUACAUAUACACACCUCAAGAAGUUUUUAGAUUCCCUCUAAAGUUAGCCAUCUCUAUGGUUGUGGCAUCUAUUGCUCUUUAUCAGAUGGCCCUCUUGCUAGUCAUUGGAGUAGUGCCCACUCUCCAGAUUGUCCGAAAAGGAGUGAACGAAGACAUUGCAUUUCUCCUGGCCGGCUUUAACAUAAUUCUGGCAGACGAUCGGAAAGAGGUGGUUAAGAUAGUAGUGUACUACAUGUGGUGUGUUGAGGUGUGCUAUGUCUCAGCAGUAACCCUGACCUGCUUGGUUAAUCUGAUCAUGUUUAUGAGGUCCAUGGUCCUGCACAGGUCCAAUCUGAGGGGGUUGUACAGAGGGGAUAUCUACAACGUGUAUAACUGCCAGAGGAGCAUAAGGCCAUCACGUCCUGCCCUGGUGUGCUGGAUGGGCUACACCAGCUACCAAGCUGCAUUUAUUUGCCUGGGCAUGGUUAUUCAGACUCUGGUGUUCUUCAUUUGCUUUCUAUUUGCUGUGUUCCUCAUCAUCAUCCCCAUCUUAUAUGGAAAGAAUCUUGUGGUCUUCCACAUCAUUGGCAAAAUGUGGCCCUUCUGGUUGACGUUGUCAUUGACUGUGCUUAUUCAGCAUCUUACAUCAAGGUUCUUCUUCAUUAAAAAGGAAGCUGGAACGCAAGACCUAACUAACAGGGGGGGGUUGUUCCUUCUGACCUACCUGCUCUUUCCAGUCAAUGUACUGGUGGGUGCAUUGUUGGGAAUUUGGAGGUUGGUCAUCACAGCUCUUUUUAACAUUGUCCAUUUUGGCCGCAUGGACAUCAGCCUUCUCAACCGCAAUGUGGAAGCUUUUGACACAGGGUAUCGCUGCUAUGCUCAUUAUUUAAAGAUUGAGGUUAGUCAGUCGCACCCAGUCAUGAAGGCCUUCUGCGGGUUGCUGUUACAGUCUACAAGCCAGGACAAAGGCACUGGAGAUGCAGCACGCAAUGUGGAGGAAGGAAUUCAACUGGUUUCACAGGACAAGAAACAGAACAAGGUGCCCAAUGCUAAGCGAGCACGUGGACACUGGCAUCUCCUCUACACGCUAGUUAAUAAUCCGUCCUUGGUGGGAUCCAGGAAACACUUUCAGCGACAGAGCUCAGAGAGUGUCCUGAACGGGACCCUUAAACGGAGCUCCAAAGAAGGCAGCAAAAAGGAAGGCGGCACCACAGCAGUCAGCAAAGAGUGAGAGGAACCUGCAUUUAAGGACUUAGGCUGACAACACACAAAAUAAUAAUAAUAAUAAUAAUAAUAAUAAUAAUAAUAAUAAUAAUAAUAAUAGUAUUAUUAUUGUUAGUAUCUGUGAAGAAAUUAACUUUGUCUUGAAUAAAUGCCCUUAUACCUUAUAGUGCCUCAGGAAGAAGUAUAGACUGUUUCUUUUCUUUCUUUUCUUUUUCUUUUCUUUUCUUUUUUUUUUUUGACUGGAUGGUUGCACUCUUUCUUUUGUGAUUAAAUUGUUGUUUUCUCAUUUGAAAGUUUCUGGUGCAGGAUUAUCAGAAAAUGUACAAUAGAACUGAACUCCUACAUAAAUACUUGUGCAAAGUUAUACUGGUUAUUUAUGUAUGAUGAUAUACGCUAUGAUGUAUUUCUUUCUGGGUGCCCCCCCCCUUUCCAUGCUUAGUCUUUCCUGUGCAUUUAUUACUGUCCUUGGCACCUCUGAAGAGAGUUUAAAGAUUAAUUUGCCUGAACAUGUUACCGUUUAAUACAAUAAAGCAUAAGCAUUUUUUAGUUAAUAAAAUAAUUUUACAGCCAUGCAUAUUUAGUUUAAGAAAAUGUUAGUUUUGGAAGAAAAAUAAUAAGCGGAUUUUUGUUGUGAUUGAAACGAUUUUGCCCAAAUAAAUAAGUAAGUAAGUAAGUAAGUAAAUAAAUAAAUAAAUUAAUUAACAACACAUAAAUAAAAGCAAUGCUGUGGCGGUGUCUGUGUCAAACAAAGGAAACGAUACCGCGUUGUGGCAUGUAAGUAGGCUAUAAGGAUGAAAAAAAAAGUUCAUUACCUAUAGGUGUGUAAUUAUUCCCGAAAGACACUGCUGUUUAAAAUAAAUAAAAUAAAUAAAUAAUAUUGAUAAGCUAAAAAUAUUGUAACAUUAUAAUUACAUUUCUGAUUGCUCUAGUCUAAGGCGCACGAAAUAUAAUGUAUGAUUUACGUAUUAUUAAUUUAUUUUUUAUUAUUACAAACAAAUUCUGACUGUUUUUUUCUCUCUCUUUCUUUUUAACUGAACAGUUGUGAUGUUCUGGUGUUAUAACUGAGCGCUUUAAGACUGUCGCUGCAGGCGGGUCGCGGAUCAGAGCCACAGUUUCGCGCACUGCAACCUGCGACCAACUGCACUUCAUUUCUUUGUUCUUCCAAAUGUUUCUUAAUACCAAAAAAUACACCACGAUCCCUCGCAAAAUAUAUAGCGAUUUACCGCUUAAAGAAACUGUGAAACAUGUAACAUGAGGUGUGUGGCCGCUCUAGAAAAUAGACUUUCGUGCGCAUUUUCCGCGAGGGGAAAGAGAGGACGGACAGCAGGAACGCCUGAAAAUGUCCUGGAAAACACAUUCAGGUUAUUAAUUAGAAUCUUCACGCAUAUUUAAAAAUGCAUAUAUUUUUUCAAUUUGUGUGCAUUUUCCUUCUAUUGUUUAACUUUUGUUGACGACAACAACAACAAUGUGCGGUAAUAUUUUUCUCUAUGUGAUCGUGUUUCAUAAUUAUUCUGUCAAAUACAUUGCUUUCCUCGUGUCUAAAUCAUGUAGCCUUCUGUUUAUCAUGUCAAAUGAAUAAAAUACCCAGUGCACAUA